AGAGGGAUGCUUCAAAAUUAGCACCAAACAACUAGCUAGCCAAUAUACACACACAUAAAGCGAGCCAUCUCAAAUAAAUGGGGUGGCCGUUGCUGGGCCUUGUUCUAUCAUGCACCGCCAUCUUCGUCGUGGCCGUCGAUGGCGACCAACAUCCGCCGAAGCAGCUUCCGCCAGACUUUGUCUCCCUUAAACAAGGCGGCGGGUUCAGCAAGCGGAUGAUCACAGUGACGUGCACCGACGACCACCACAAAAGGACCCCAUGCACCGUUGUUUCCGAGUGUCCUAAGAAAUGCGAGCGUCAAUGCCUCGUCUUCUGCCCCACUUGCAAGAUCAUAUGCCUCUGCGACUUGGUCGGAGGCAUGUGUGGCGAUCCCCGCUUAACCGGUGGAGAUGGCAACUCCUUCUACUUCCAUGGUCGCAAGGACGCGGACUUUUGCUUGCUGUCCGAUGCCAACCUCCACAUCAACGCCCACUUUAUCGGCAGGCGCAACCCCAACAUGACCCGAGACUUCACGUGGGUGAAAGCCAUUGCUGUCCGCUUCGACGAUCACCGCCUCUACAUCCGCGCAGAGAAGACAGCGACAUGGGACGACGACAAUGCCGAACAUUUCUUUAUCAGCUUUGACGGUAAGCCGGUGGAUAUCACGGCGGAGGCAAGCGCUGGAUGGGUUUCUGCAUCAGUGCCUGAGUUAGCAAUAUCGCGGAUGGGGGAUAACAGCAUCACCGUGGAGCUCACGGGGAUGUUCAAGAUCAUUGCCAAUGCAGUUCCCAUCACGGAGGAGGACUCGAGGAUCCACAAUUAUGGCGUGAUCGCCGACGACAACCUGGUCCACCUCGAUCUGGCCUUCAAAUUUUACUCGCUCAGCUCCGACGUGCAUGGCGUGCUCGGCCAGACGUACCGACCAGACUACGUAAACAAGCUGGACGUCGGAGUCAAGGUUCCAGUGAUGGGCGGGGCCAGUAACUUCCUGACAUCCGAUAUCUUCUCCACCGACUGCAGAGUCGCGAGGUUCACGCGAGGCAGUGCAGGAGGUACCGCCAUGGUCGCUGAGCUCUCCGAUGUAAACUGCAGCAGCUGGUUCGGCGGCCGUGGAAUAGUAUGCAAGAAAUAAUUUGCUCGAUGCAAUGUGUAUGAUGUGAUAGGCGGCGUCUGGCGCUUGUUACUGUUACGAUUACAUAUACCUUCAGGCAUGAUAUCUAUUAAACAGAAUCUGUACAAUUAACGAAGUACUCAGGCUCAGAAUAAAAAAGUCGAGCAGGAACGUAACUGGAG